AUGGACUCGGCUGGAGGACAGGACAACCCGCCAACCCGCCCGACUAACCCAAACUCGCCCAGGAGGACUCCUCGCUUUGAUUUGGCCCCGCUUUCCUCCCUGAGCGACACAGACACCGCUCCCUCGUCCCCUGAACCUCUGGCGACGCCGACACUCGCAGAGUCGUAUGGGCAGCUCAAAAAGAACCUCUCGUUCAAGAGCUUGCGCGACUUGGAGGUGCGCGAACUGAAGGGGCAUAUCUACCGGCGAGGGAAGCCGUCCGACGGGACGCGCUACAGGCCAAAGAACAGCGACGAGGUGUUUGCGCAUGCGCUGAAAGGAGGACUGCGUUCGUUCGUGCUGGGGACCUCUCUGCGUGCUGCCGUCAACCUUGUCAUUACGCUGCUCCGUCUGACCCGCAAGAAAGGUCUCCCGCCAGCGGUUAUCAUCCAUGCCGUCUUUGGUCCCGACGUCGCUCGCUUCGGCGGCAUGCUCGGCCUGUUCUCCUUCCUCUACAAAUGGACGCUCCACACCCUCCGCCUCUACAACCCCGGCCGCCUCGGACCCGGCCAAUCCGAAACCUGGCACGCCGCCGUCGCAGGCCUCGUCUCGGGCGCCAGCGUCUGGGCCGAGAAGCCCUCUCGUCGUGUCACGAUCGGGCAACAGAUGUUCGUCCGCGGCUUGCAAGGGCACUACAACCUCCUCAAGAGCCAGGGCAGGAUUCGGGUCAAGAAUGUCAGCGUGAUCGUGUUUGGGUUGAGCUGUGCGCAGAUCAUGUACUCGUGGCUCAUGGCGCCCGAAGCGCUUCCUCCCGGCUACCGCCGCUGGAUCACCCAAGCAUCCCGCGUCUCGGAACCCUGUCUCCCCGUCAACCUCUCCGCCUACCGCUCCGGCACCUUCGACCCGACCGUCGCGCGCAAGACGCUUACAUGGGGACGAGGAGCGACGCCGAAGAACCGCGUAUUGAUCGAGUCGUAUGCGAAGAAGGCAGAGAUGGGCGACUUCGGACCUCCGUUCGCGCCUUGCGAAGUCGUGCACCCCUGGGCCGACACUUGCACCUGGAACGGUGUCGACCGCUGGCACCAAGUCUUCCGCUGGAUUGCACCAGUCUACGCCGGCUUACACUUCAUCCCGCCCAUCCUCUUGCGACGCAAAGCGUGGAUGCGACAUCCCUCAACCUACCUCCUUCGCUCCCUGAUCGGCACUUUCCGCUCCUGCUCGUUCCUCGCAUCCUUCGUCGCGCUCUUCCAAGGCCUCGUCUGCCUCCAACGCCACUUCUACAACCGCUACCACGGCGUCGUGCCCGAGUGGCUCGAGAAGAUCGUCAUGCACAAGAGCUACUACUGGUUCUCCGGCUUUGCGACAUGCCUCCCGCUCUUCCUCGAGGAGCGCAAGCGUCGCCGCGAGUUGGCGAUGUACGUCCUCCCUCGCGGGCUCGAGAGCAUGUGGUCGAUCCUGAGGCGGAGGAAGUGGGUGCCGUUCGUCCCCGGCGGAGAGGUGCUCCUUACCUGCGUCGGCCUCUCGAUGGUCAUGCAGUCGUACCAGCACUCGCCCGAGAACCUCUCCGGCCUCGUCCGCAGCAUGUUGUGGCAGAUCAUCGGUCCCGCCUAG